CGAGAUGUAAAUAUAUGUAUGAUCAAGAAUACGCAGUGAAGUACAAGGAGAACAAGAGUAUAGAGCAGCCCUUGAGUUGAGUUGACGUGACCUGAACCACAAAGUUAAAAGAAAAACAAAAAUUAGGAAAAUUCGUCCCCUAUGAAAAAGCCUGCUUUUCUUCGGUUUGUUAGCGUUGAAGGGUUGAAAAACCUUUCUCGGCUUGGUAUUUUAAUGACUACAUCAUUUUGCUUGGCCUUAUUGUUUGUCAGUAGUAUCGUGGAUUACAACACACUAUGGAAACCAGGACCAGAAUCCGCGUUUACUGUGGCUGAAACAUACUACACAAUGCUAGCCAAUGCAAGUGCUUAUCAUAAAUAUUUUUUCUACUUCGUUGUCGGUUUAGGCAUGGUUUUCCACCUCAUUCAGGCCAACAGGGUAACGGGUGAUGACCGACUGUAUUAUUAUUCCAGCACUCUUUUGUACAUUGCGGCGUCUGUGAUAUUUAUCGUGAAUGUUUCCCCCGCUAUCAUCACUGCAAAAUUACGUCGAUAUGUUCAAUUCGACAGAAACAUGCAUUUUAUGGUUCUCGGUGCCUCCCAAGUUUUGAUUGCCUUUCUCUUGACCGGCGUCCUUAUUCUCCAGCUUGGUCAUCUAUUUGCUCUUCACGUAAACAAUAUAGUUCAACUUGAGAUUACCGAAGAACAGGCUAAUGAGGCUGCCGAAGCUGAAAUUUCUUCUACCGACAAAGAAUACGUCUCUAAAAGAAACGCAAGCACCUCUAAAUAUUCCAAUCAAGUAAGCCACAAAAAGGAUAAUUAGCCACCCAUAUAAAAAAAGUUUUGAACUACUUGUAUUGAUUAUUAUUUUUCUCCUUUUUUGGCUUCUAUUUACUUUUCUGUCUUAGGUUUUUAUGUAUGAAAGAAUGAACUCAUCACAUUACAUUCCUUUUUUUCGUCCUUCAUCUCAUCACCUGUCCUAAAAUUCCAUUUUUGUUACAAUCUCUCCUA